UGUACGUUGUUGUGUCUUCAUUCAUUCAGCUUGACUAUCUUUCAUUGAACCAGGGGUUCUGUUCAUUCAUUCAUUCAUUACAUUAACUUAAGCGAUCUGGUUGUCGCAUUACCUUCAUUCUCAAAAUGUUCCAAAAGCUUCUCGGUCUCUCCUUGGUGGCUGCUGUGUCAGCUCACCAGAACUUCCACCAGUUCUGGGUCAACGAUGUCACUCCCGGCUACCAAGCCGGCAUCCGAAUGCCACCAUCCAACAGCCCUGUCACCGAUGUCACUAGCGACGACAUCUCCUGCAAUGUGAACGGCAACGAUGUUCCCUCCGCCGUUGACACCAUUGCCGCAAACGAAGGCGACAAAAUCACCGUCAACUGGGACAUUUCCUCCCACCCUGGUCCCAUCACUCACUUCCUGUUCGGUCCCGUCGACGAUGCCGCUCAGGCUACUGGUAUUGGUGCUGGCUGGUUCAAGAUUGACGAGAGAGACUACGUUGAUGGCGCCUGGGCCAACGAAUACCUCUCGGAUAACGGCGGCAACUACACCUUCUCUCUGCCUACUGGCCUGCAGAGUGGUGAAUACCUUCUCCGAUCCGAGAUGUUGGCUCUCCACGGCGCCCAGACUGUUGGUGGCGCUCAGUUCUAUAUUGGUUGCGCCCAGCUCAAGGUCACUGGAACUGGCUCCGGUUCAUGCACACCCAGCAUCUCUCUUCCCGGUGCCUACAAUGCCGAGGACGACAACAUCUACAUCCCCAACGUCUACAACGGCUUCGACCCUACCACCUACACCGCGCCCGGUGGUGAUGUCGCAGCCUGCGGUGCGGGUGCCUCCACCCCGGCUACUUCUGCCGUAGCAUCGUCCGCUGCGGCCACCUCCGUUGCCGCAUCCGCUACCAGCGCUGCCUCCUCGGCUGUCGCAACCGCAACCUCAUCCUCUGCACCUGUUGCCGCAGCCUCUUCCAGCUCCAGCAUUGCCGCCACCUCUGCUACUGUGACCUCUGCCGCCGCAUCCACCACCUCCCAGGCCGCAGCAACCACUGUCGCCUCCAGCGCUGCACCCAGCGAGACAGACUCGGCUGAUGACGACGAGUCUUGCGAUGCCGAUGACAGUGACGACGACGACGAUGAGGACGAGGACACCUGUGAGCCUGAGGAGACCGAGGUUGCCACUUCUGCCGCACCCACCGUUGUUCCCUCUUCCGCUGCCCCCUCCACCCUGUUGACCCGCACCAGCAGCAAGGCCGCCACUUCUACUUCCGGUUCCAGCUCCGGAAUCGCUCUUUAUGGGCAAUGCGGCGGUGCCUCUUACACUGGCGUUACCACUUGUGCCUCGGGUACUUGCACUGUCAUGAACGACUACUACUCACAGUGCGUUUGAGCUCUGAUAUACGGUAAUAAGAGGCUGGGUUAGGUGAUGGGAAGCUCCAGAAUAUUCUAUUGUACAUAUUUACACUUGUAAAGAUAUAGCUGGCUUAUUGCUGUUUAAAUUCAGCAUACAGCAUUGAGAACAAAUCUG